UUCCAUUGGACGCUUCAGUAUUUUUCCGCGGAUGGUGAUUGCAUACAGAAUACCAGCCUGGCUUGCCGCUAAAAUACAGCUAGUCACAUUUAGCCAUCAGUGGAGGAAAACAGUCACCUGGUCUAGUUGAGAGAGAGAGAUAGAGAGCAAGAGGUAAAAUGAGCAAAUAAGCCUAUAUCAAGUCUGUAUAGCUUGUCCAAAAUAAAUGUAUCUAAAUUGUCAUUUAAAUACGUCGGAAUGGUUAGUAAUCCAUUUCCAAAAAUCCACCACUAUAUGGCAACUUAAUUAACGGUGCCAUAAUUUAACCGUUAAACCGCGAGCCUGUGGAAAUGGGAUUCCUCCACCAGCUACAGCUUCUGUUGUGGAAGAAUGUGUCUUUGAAGAGGAGAGGACCGUGGGUGUUGGCCUUUGAGAUCUUCAUCCCUUUGGUCCUCUUCUUCAUCCUGCUGGGCCUGCGCCAGAAGAAACCUGCCAUCCCCGUCAAGGAAGUCUCCUUCUACAGCGCAGCUCCCCUCACCUCAGCAGGCAUCAUUCCCAUCAUGCAGUCUCUGUGUCCCGAUGGCCAGAGGGACGAGUUUGGCUUCCUACAGUACAAGAACUCCACUGUCACCCAGUUGUUGGAGCGGAUCCGUGAGGUGGUGUUACAGAACCACCUGUUCACAGCAGACAGGCCAGGACUGGGCCAGGAGCUGGAGUCCCUACAGCAACACCUGGAGAGCCUCAGCACAUCAGCAGGGCCCUACCCACUGGACAACAAUUUCAACACCAGCCAAGGGUUCACAGUAGCCAGUGUGUUGAAGAACCAGUCAGUGUUCCAUCAGUUCCUGGUCAGGAAUCUGUCUCUCCCCAAUGACACCGCCAGCCUGCUGCUCUCCACUCCUGUCAACCUCAAAGAGGUAUUCAACUUGAUCUUUGGCCUGUACCCCAGAACUGGAGGGGGGAGUAGUCACAGUUCUGGAGGGGAAAAAGAGACCACACAUACCCCUGCAGAGAAGAUACUUCAACUGGAGGAGAAGAUGCUGGGAGUCAUGCAAAGUCUGGAUGGUGGACUGAUCCACAAAGCUUUACGAGACCCAACCAAAGCAGCCCAUCGGCAGGCCCUACUCAAACUCAUGUCCCAGGCUUUAGGCCUAGCAGGAGGAGGGGCAGGCCAGAGAUACGACCCCCAGGGACUGAAGGAGGUGGAGGGUGUUCUCCUGACUGGUGCCAUGUUGGAAAUGCUUACCUGUGGGGAGGAUGGGACUAGUGAGCUGAGCAAGAUCCUAUUGGUUCCUGAGAAGCAGCAGUCCCUGCUCCAGGCCUAUCGCAGUACAGCAUGUGGAGGUGGGGCGGGACAAAGGACUGAGCGCUUUGGAGAGAUGAGCCAGGAGCUCCGAGAGCAGAUAGACACACAGAGCCUCAUUGACAAGCUGCGUCUGGAGCCAGCCAACUCCUCGGCCCCUCUGUCCCAGUCCCACCUGGGUGCUCUGCUGAAGGACUUGGCUGACGUGGAGAAGCUCCUCAGGGAUGUAGACCUGCUGUCAGGCCUGGCUCGCCUGCUCCCCAAGGGGGCCUGUGCUGGCCACGUCCCCCCUGGGGCUCCAGCCAACACCACCACUUCCUGGUCCCUCAACGCCACCACUUGGGGGCCCAACACCACCGAGAACCCCUGGGAGGAGGGCGGAGAGGAGGGGAGAGGACGAGAGAAAGAGAAUGUGAAAGAAGAGAACCCUCACUCGUUUUCUACCUUUGUGCAGCUGUGGGCAGGGCUGCAGCCUAUUCUGUGUGGGAACAACAGAAUCAUUGAGCCAGAGGCUUUAAAGCAAGGGAAUAUGAGCUCUCUGGGCUUUACCAGUAAAGAGCAGCGCAAUCUGGGCUUACUAGUGCAUCUGAUGACUACAAAUCCCAAGAUCCUCUACUCCCCCAUCGGCUCACAGGUGGACAAAGUCAUUCAGAAGGCCAAUGAGACAUUUGCGUUUGUGGGGAACGUGACUCACUACGCCCGGGUGUGGCUCAACAUCUCUGCCCAGCUCAGGACUUAUCUGGAGGAGGGCAAGCUGCACCACCACUUGGCCUGGAUGCAGCAGUUGACCUCUGACCUACGUGGUCACCCGGAACUGCUGAAUGGGACAGACAGUGAUCUGCUGCGUGGGUUGCUGGAGGGCAACUACACCCUGCCCAACACCUCCACCCUGCUGGAGCAGCUGGACACCAUUGACAACGCCGCCUGUGGCUGGACACACUUCAUGUCCAAGGUCAGUGUGGAUAUCUUCAAGGGUUUUCCGGAUGAGGACAGCAUCGUCAACUACACACUGAACCAAGCUUACCAUGAUAACAUCUCAGUGUUUGCCAGUGUGAUAUUCCAGACCAACCUAGAUGGCUCCCUGCCUCCUCAUGUCCUCUAUAAGAUCAGGCAGAACUCCAGCUUCACAGAGAAAACCAACGAGAUCCGCCGGGCCUACUGGCGCCCAGGGCCCAACACGGGGGGAAAGUUCUAUUUCCUCUACGGCUUUGUGUGGAUCCAGGAUAUGAUGGAGAGAGCCAUCAUUAACACGUUUGUGGGCCAUGACGUGGUGGAGCCUGGCAACUAUGUUCAGAUGUUCCCUUACCCCUGCUACACAAGAGACGACUUCCUGUUUGUGAUCGAGCACAUGAUGCCUCUGUGCAUGGUGAUCUCCUGGGUCUACUCUGUAGCCAUGAUGAUCCAACACAUUGUGGCGGAGAAGGAGCACCGGCUCAAAGAGGUGAUGAAGAUGAUGGGCCUGAACAACGCGGUCCACUGGGUGGCCUGGUUCAUCACUGGGUUUGUCCAGUUGUCCAUCUCAGUGACGGCCCUGACGGCCAUCCUGAAAUACGGUCGGGUGCUCCUCCACAGCGACAUCUUCAUCAUCUGGCUCUUCCUCUCCAUCUACGCCAUCGCCACCAUUAUGUUCUGCUUCCUGGUGUCAGUGAUCUACUCCAAGGCCAAGCUGGCGUCAGCGUGUGGUGGGAUAAUCUACUUCCUCAGCUAUGUCCCAUACAUGUACGUGGCCAUCAGAGAGGAGGUGGCCCAUGACAAGAUCACGGCCUUCGAGAAGUGUAUCGCUUCUCUUAUGUCGACCACAGCGUUCGGCCUGGGCUCUAAGUACUUUGCCCUGUACGAGGUGGCUGGGGUUGGUAUCCAGUGGCGCACCAUCAACCAGUCACCUGUAGAGGGCGAUGACUUCAACCUUGGCCUGUCCAUGAUGAUGCUCAUCAUCGAUGCUAGUGUGUAUGGAGUACUCACCUGGUACAUAGAGGCUGUGCAUCCAGGGAUGUAUGGGCUGCCUCGGCCGUGGUACUUCCCCCUGCAGAAGUCCUAUUGGCUGGGCAGUGGGCGUGUGGAGACAUGGGAGUGUCCCUGGGGGGGAGGGGCCAGGCUGAGUGUCAUGGAGGAGGACCAGGCGUGUGCCAUGGAACACCGGCGAUCUGGUAGGGCCAAGCCUGACCUUGAACUUGAGGAGAUGCGUGGUAUUGAAGAGGAGCCCAGCCACCUGCCUCUGGUGGUUUGUAUAGACAAGCUGACCAAGGUCUACAAGAUGGGCAAUAAGCUGGCCCUCAACAAGCUGAGCCUCAACCUCCACGAGAACCAGGUGGUGUCCUUCCUGGGACACAACGGAGCCGGCAAGACCACCACCAUGUCUAUUCUGACAGGUCUGUUCCCGCCCACCUCUGGCUCAGCCACCAUCUACGGCCAUGACAUCCGUACUGACAUGGAGCGUAUCAGGCAGAACCUGGGCAUGUGCCCCCAGCACAAUGUGCUCUUUGACAAGCUCAGCGUGGAGGAGCACCUGUGGUUCUACUCCAAACUCAAAGGCAUGGCCGAGGAGGACAUCCGCAAGGAGAUGGACAAGAUGAUAGACGAUCUAGAGUUGAAUAAUAAGCGUCACAGCCUGGUGCAGACUCUGUCUGGGGGAAUGAAGAGGAAGCUGUCCGUGGCCAUAGCGUUUGUGGGCGGCUCCCGGGCCGUCAUCCUGGAUGAGCCUACGGCGGGGGUGGACCCCUACGCACGCAGAGCCAUCUGGGACCUCAUCCUCAAGUACAAACAGGGUCGCACCAUCCUGCUGUCCACCCACCACAUGGAUGAGGCUGACCUGUUAGGAGACCGCAUAGCCAUCAUCUCCCAUGGGAGACUCAAGUGCUGCGGCUCCCCACUCUUUCUCAAGAGCACCUACGGAGACGGCUACAAACUCACCCUGGUCAAGAAACAGAGUGAGAGCGGAGACCAGGUCACCCAGCCCCAGCCUCCCUCCACCGUGUCCUCCUCCUCCCUGUCCCCCUCCUCCUCCUCCCUUUCUCCCUGCUCAGAGACCCGGGUCACCCAGUUCAUUCGUCAGUUUGUGGGGUCCUGUCUGCUGUUGUCUGACUCCAACACUGAACUAUCCUAUGUGUUGCCCUCUGAGGCUGUCAAGAAGGGCUGCUUCGAGAGGCUAUUUCAGGCAUUGGAGCAAAAUCUGUCCAUCUUGGCUCUGACCAGCUUCGGGGUGAUGGACACCACUCUGGAGGAGGUCUUCCUCAAGGUGUCGGAGGAGGAUCAGUCCCUGGAGAACAGUGAUGCCGACAUGAAGGAUUCCCUAGGCGGUAUCUCAGUGGGGAAACCUGCUGCCGCGGUGGGUGUGGGGGGCUCUGGAAAGCCAGAGCCGGGGGCUCCUGCGGGGAGCAGCAGCAGUGUGGAGAGACCAGAGGUAGAGCUCUCUAACCUGGUGAUGUGCUCCAGGCUCAGCCAGAGCCAAUCCUCCCUGCGCUCCUCCUCCUCCCUGGGGUCCGUGCUGGGGGAUGAGGAAGGGCUCUACGCAGACUUCUACGGAGACUACUGCCGCCUCUUCGACCACGGACGGGACCCUCACUCUACCAGCCUGAGGGAGGACGUGGAGGAGGCCUCCCCUGAGCCUGUCGUCCUGGAGGGGCAGGGCAGCUUCAAGCUGGAGGGCUGGUGGCUGAAGCUACGCCAGUUCCACGGCCUCAUCGUCAAGAGGUUCCACUGUGCCAAGAGGAACACCAAGGGCCUCUUCUCACAGAUCCUGCUGCCCGCAUUCUUCGUCUGCGUGGCCAUGACUGUAGCGCUCUCUGUGCCUUCCAUCGGAGAUCUGCCACCACUGAUCCUGUCCCCAUCCCAGUACCACAACUACACCCAGCCCCGUGGCAACUUCAUCCCCUACGCCAACGAAGACCGCCCACAGUACAGGAGUAACCAGUCCCCGGAUGCCAGCCCUCAGAAGAUCGCCAACACGCUGCGUCUGCCAUCGGGCGUGGGCGCCACCUGCGUCCUCAAAACGCCCUUCAACAGCACCCUGGACCAGCUGGCACAGACGCUCAACCCCAGCGCCAACAACAGCAAGACCCUGGCCGCCCGCUACUUUGACUCCAUGUGUCUGGACUCCUUUACCCAGGGAGUGCCACUGUCCAACUUCGUACCCCCUCCCCCCUCGCCAGCCCCCUCCGAUGACCCCGACACUCACUUUGAGGAUGGGCUGUGGAACUUCACUGCCACCACUCCCACCACUGUCAGGGAAACGGUGACGUCUCCUCCCACCCUGCCCCUGUUCAUUCGGGAGCUGGUUCGUUGUAUCUGCUCCAUGCAGGGGACGGGCUUCUCCUGCCCCAGCGGGGUGGGGGGGCGGCCGCCCCUUAUGAAGGUGGUCACAGGGGACAUUCUGGUAGACAUCACUGGGCGCAACGUGUCAGAGUAUCUCCUCUACACCUCUGACAGACUGCGCCUGCACAGAUAUGGAGGACUCACAGUAGGCAACAUACAGAAAUCAGUCCCAGCAUCCUUUGGGAAAAAGACUCCGCCCAUGGUUCGCAAAAUAGCAGUCCGCCGAUCAGCUCAGGUGCUGUUCAAUAAUAAAGGGUACCACAGCAUGCCAACCUAUCUCAACGUCCUCAACAAUGCCAUCCUGCGUGCCAACCUGCCUCCAGGCAAGGGCAACCCUGCUGCAUACGGAAUCACACUGACCAACCACCCCAUGAACCGUACCAGUGCAAGCCUCUCUCUGGACUACUUGCUCCAGGGCACUGAUGUGGUGAUAGCUAUCUUCAUCAUCGUGGCCAUGUCCUUUGUACCAGCCAGCUUUGUGGUCUUUCUGGUGGCAGAGAAGUCGACCAAGGCCAAGCACCUGCAGUUUGUGUCUGGAUGUGACCCUGUCAUCUACUGGCUGGCUAACUAUAUAUGGGACAUGUUGAACUACUUGGUGCCUGCCACGUGCUGUGUCCUUAUCCUGUUUGUCUUUGACCUUCCUGCGUACACAUCCCCAACCAACUUCCCUGCGGUCCUGUCUCUCUUCCUCCUCUAUGGGUGGUCUAUCACUCCUAUCAUGUACCCGGCCUCCUUCUGUUUCGAGGUGCCCAGCACGGCCUAUGUGUUCCUCAUCGUCAUCAACCUUUUCAUAGGCAUCACUGCCACAGUGGCCACCUUCCUGCUGCAGCUCUUUGAGCAUGACAAGGAUCUGAAACUGGUGAACAGCUACCUAAAGUCCUGUUUCCUUAUCUUCCCAAACUACAACCUGGGUCACGGCCUGAUGGAAAUGGCUUACAAUGAAUACAUCAAUGAGUACUAUGCUAAAAUAGGUCAGUUUGACAAGAUCAAGUCUCCAUUUGAGUGGGACAUUGUGACUCGAGGGCUGGUAGCCAUGACAAUCGAGGGCUUUGUAGGAUUCUUCAUCACCAUCCUGUGUCAGUACAACUUCCUCAGGAAACCCUUGAGAGUACCAGUGAGCAGCCAGCUCAUAGAGGAUGAUGAUGUGGAUGUGGCCUGUGAGAGACGGAGAGUACUGAGAGGAGAUGCUGACAACGACAUGCUGAAGAUUGACAACCUCACCAAGGUGUACAAGUCGAGGAAGAUGGGUCGUAUCUUGGCUGUUGACCGGUUGUGUCUGGGCGUGCGUCCUGGGGAGUGUUUUGGCCUCCUGGGGGUGAACGGAGCAGGGAAGACCACCACCUUUAAGAUGCUGACUGGUGACGAGAGCACCACGGGAGGGGAGGCCUUCAUAGGGGGAAACAGUAUCCUGAGGGAGCUGUUGAGAGUGCAGCAGAGCAUUGGUUACUGCCCUCAGUUUGAUGCCUUGUUUGAAGACCUGACAGCCAGAGAGCACCUGGAGCUGUACACACGCCUCCGAGGCAUCCCCUGGAAGGACGAGCAGAGGGUGGUCUCAUGGGCCCUAGAGAAACUGGAGCUCUCCAAAUAUGCAGACAAGCCCGCUGGCACCUACAGUGGGGGAAACAAGCGCAAGCUGUCUACUGCCAUCGCCCUCAUCGGAUACCCCUCUCUCAUCUUCCUGGAUGAACCUACUACAGGGAUGGACCCUAAGGCCCGCAGAUUCCUCUGGAACCUCAUCCUUGAUAUCAUCAAGACGGGACGCUCUGUGGUGCUGACGUCACACAGUAUGGAGGAGUGUGAGGCUCUGUGCACCAGACUGGGCAUCAUGGUCAACGGCAGGUUCAAAUGCCUGGGCAGCAUUCAGCACCUCAAGAACAGGUUUGGUGAUGGUUACAUGAUCACAGUGCGGACUAAAACCAGUUCCAAUGUGAAGGAGGUGGUGAGAUUCUUCAACAGGAAUUUCCCUGAGGCUGUACUAAAGGAGCGCCACCACACCAAAGUCCAGUUCCAGCUGAAGUCCGACAGGAUCUCCCUGGCCCAGGUGUUCAGUAAGAUGGAGCAGGUGGUGGGGGUGCUGGGGAUAGAGGACUACUCUGUCAGCCAGACCACACUGGACAAUGUGUUCGUGAACUUUGCCAAGAAGCAAAGUGACAACCUGGAGCAGCAGGAGAGUUCCCCCCCUGGUGGAGGCCAGUCACCCCUGCAGCGCCUGCUCACCCUGCUGAGGCCCCGGCCGGCCAAUACGGAGCUCAGCGCCCUGGUCAGCGAAGAGCCGGAGGAACUGGAGAGUGACGACGAUGAGGGCCUCAUCAGCUUUGAAGAGGAGAGGGUGCAGCUCUCCUUUAACACAGAUACUGUCUGUUGAACUGUGGAAACUCAGAGAGGGGGCGUGGCUGGACAGACAACGUGGGAGGAGGAAACUCAGGGAGGGUGUGGCUAGAUAUACAAAGUGGGAGGAGGAAUUUCAGAGAGGGUGUGUAUUAGAAAGAGAGGAGGAAAUAUACAUCAGAGGAGGCUGGUGGGAGGAGCUAUAGGAGGCAGGGCUCAUUAUAAUGGCUAGAAUGUUUGAUUCCGUUCCAUUGAUUUAAUUCCAGCCAUUACAAUGAGUCCAUCCUCCUAUAGCUCCUCCCACCAGCCUCCACUGAUUUACAUGUACUAGGAAGAGAAUGGACCGUCUCUAUCUACCCAAGGGAAAAGUAAGAUACAUUUCAUUUUUAGCCUCAAGCACCUAACAGUGACAGAGACUGAGGCAUUGGACUCGGAGAAGGAGACACAGUGGGACAGAGAAGAGAAGGACAGAGAAGUGAAGUCAGCCUCUCAAAGCUGUCACAGAGUUGGCCAUGGUUAAAGGCUGAGGUGACGAAGAGAUCGAUCUUCUGUCAUGGGAAACAUACAGCUACGGUGAGAAUGCUUGCAUUUUAAUGGAGAUAUGUUGUUAUAGGAAUGUUUAUAUGUAUUUUAUUUAAUAUAUAUUGAUAGAUGGGAACACUGAAAAACCAAUGUGGUCCAUCUAGAAAGGACUGAAAUCAAAAGGUCUGAUUAGGUAUUAAUGUCGCUACUAGUAAGUUGGCUUCAUUCACUGCCGAUGAUGUCACAAAAUAUCACAUAAUUCCUUCUGAUAUGACCACCUUACUCAGUCUAAUCUUUUAUCAGAUGUUUGACGCAGUGAAUUUGUGAUUCAACAUUGGUCAAAUUUGUUCCGUCCCUGCCAAAGUACAAGUUGCAUCCUAAAUCGCACCCUAUUCUAUAUAUAGUGCACUACUUUUGACCAUGGCCCAUGGGGCUCUGUUCAAUAGUAGUGCAUCAUGUACUGAAGGGAAUAGGGUGCCAUUCGGGACUCACUGUUCCUAUUCAACCAGAGAUUCCACCCCAACCCCCUUUAAAAUCCUCUACCUGCCUUGAGAGCAUGCUGUCAUGAAACCAGUCAAACAGUAUAAUAUAUCUAUAUUUUUCUGUGGCAAGAAGAAUGAUUUAUUUUCUAAAUGUAUACAGGACAGAUAUCUGAUCUGUGAUUGAUUUUGAAAUAACUGAUGAUGGUUGAUAGCUAAGUAAGUUUUGACGUGAGUCCUGAAUCGUUGGCCUUUUAUUUGAAAUCACUUUACUAGACUAAGUGAGUCAGAGGAUAGCUGCACCAGAUUUCCUCUUUUAAGAGAAUGUAACGGAAUGAUUCUAUAUGUUGAUGAUGAUGCUGAUGGUGCCUCCCAAAUCUCUAGCCUCUUCAUUUGGACACUGUAUAUUUUUGUCUCGACAUGAUAAUUAGAGCACUUUCUACUGAAUGCUGAAUUUUGUGCUUCUACAAAUCAUAAUGAUUUGUUUCUUUCAGCAAGAUCCUAUGUUGGACACCAUGUAAUAACUUACUUUACAAUGAAGGUAAUCAACAAGAUAAUUUAAGUAAUCAAAAACCGUGAAAAGAACUUAACUUAAUAAUAAUUCUAUCCUGUAUUACCUAUAAGAAAGGACACAUACAGGAUUUACAAUAAUAAGCAUACACUACUGCACUACCAUCACUGUGAGAAAAAGAAGUUGAACUUUCUGAUCAUUGUUUAGUUUGAAAUCUUGUAUGAUUUACAAGAUGCUUUCAAGUCAGCUGACUUUUUCUUUUGGAAGUUGGAGCACAUUAGGAAUUUUGAAGAACACGCACACCACGUCAUUAAUGAAGAGAAAUGUUUGUCAUUUCUUGAAUAUGUAUGUUGCCAUGUGAUAUGUUCAAGGGGUGUUUGUGUUGUAAAGAUAUAGUUGUGAUCCCUCUUAAUUCCUCAAGUUAUUUCAUGGACUAAUUCUAUAUUUCGUGGACUAAUUCUAUGUAAUUUAACACAUUGAUUUCUUAAUGGGUGACCUAUUUGGACUUAUUUGAAAAACAAUAUAUUGACAGGGGUGUUUAUCCUUUUACUAUUAAACAAGGAAACUAAUUGUUGUAAUUUGUUUUCCUCAAUGUAAAGUAGGUGAAAUUAUUUUUCAUGUGAACUAAUAUGAGAAUGAGAAACCAAGCCUGUCUUUGAAAUGUGUUAAUUAAUGCUACCUGUAUAUGUUGGGAGCUGAAAAGCCGUGAGGAAAGAUGUAAUGAACUUGAGGUUAACUUGUGUCCUUUAACUCAAGACUAAAUGAUGACCGUGAUGCUCUGCUUUAACUAGAGUUCUGUGACUCUGGACCUCAAAGGAACAGCGAUGUGGUUUAGAACCAUUUUAGAUGGGUUUUGAACAUUAUUUGAUCUAUUGCAACUGUUGUUGCCACCCAACAUCUCUGAAUACUUAAAAGGGUAUUUGAAGUAUUCCGAGCAAAAAAAAGCUUGAUUAAAAAAUAUAAAAAAUGUAAAAUUGACAAGAACUUAUUGUUCAAAGAUCUCUGGAGUAAAACAAAAACAGUUUUUUUUUUUACGACACCAGCAAAUAUGAGAAUUGGGUGCAAUUCUACAUGGGUGCAAAUACGAUGAGAUUUUUUUUUCUUCAUCAAUCUAGUGAUUACUUGGCUUUGCUCUAAAGCAAAAAUGCUUUGGAAUUUACCCAGGUAGUGUAUGUGUGCAUAUGAAUAUAAUAUAUAUAUAUAUAUUUUAUGAAAAUGUGUCUGACAAUUUUCUGUUGUAAAUCAUCUGUUCAUAUUUGUUCUUCUUGCGUUACAUUUGGACUUGUUGCUGAAUCUACUGUUGUUUCUGUAUUCUGUGCUUCACGUUGGGUGAUCUGGAUUUUUAAACAAAAAAAUGACAAAUAAAUCAGGUAUCAAUUGGGUUAUUUUUAUCUAUGGUUUUAAUCAUGCAUUUAAUUAUAGUAUUCUAGUACCUACCUUCAACAUUAGGUAUUAGAACCAAAUAUUUUACUGUGCAUGCUCUUUGAAGGUUUGCAGUCAUUUUGCUAACAAUAAAGAUAUGAGAAUCAGCCUGA